AAUAGGCAGUAAAUGAAAAGUACAAAGCAAGAAUCACACAUAUGAAGGGCCUCUGUCAUGCUGGAGGUAAAAAGAAAAGUGACCUCAAGAACCACUUCCUUUUCCCCUCUAAGAUGAAACAACACUCUGCUUGGUCAAAGUUUCCACACGUUCUCCUCUGAAGCUGAUCACGUACAGGACUGUAUUUCAGGCUGUUCAGUGUAGGAUGUUCAUGUUUUCUAUUCAGUAAAGUAGAGAAGUUUGUCUGAAAGCUGCUGACUGGGUCAACAGAGGCUGAACAGUGAGGAGACAUGGAAGCUGUGGUUGGACUGUUGGUAAUGCUGCUCGGAGUCUCUCAUGGUGUUCAAACACACUGUGAUGGCAGGCAGGAUGGAGCUCAGUGUUAUGGAGCUCUGGGAAGAACUGUGGUGCUCCAGCUGAUGGACAACGCCUCAGAAAUAUUUAAAUACCAAUGGAAAAAAACCAAAACAACAACAAUACUUCAUGGGAGAAAGGAUAAGAUUGUGUCUAAUCUGAUGGAGGACAGAUCCAUUUUUACUCCCAGUAAUGGAACAUUUAAGAUAAAUAACCUGAUCAGGACUGAUGGUGCUGAAUAUACCCUUCAAACCUUUGAUUCAAAUGGACGUGAUUUAGGACAGCGGACUCUUCAGUUGUCUAUUCAAGCUCCUGUGUCCUCUGUCCUGCUGGACUCUGAGUGUCUGUCCCAGGGAGAGAUGAGGGUGUCCUGCUCCUCUGAGGGAGCGGACAGUCCUCAGUACAGCUGGACUCUGGAUGGACACACACUGACAGACGCUCAGCUCCUCUCUGGAAAUAAUGAGACCAACAACAUCACUCUGAAACAAGACGUCUCAGGACGACUGGUCUGCUCUGUCAGGAAUCACGUCAGUAGUGCCUCGAAAGAAGAGAAGAUAUCUACCUGUGGCUUCAUAUUCAUCAACUGCACCUUACCCGAUGGGACAAACAUAUCACAGUGGGUGUUUUCAGCCAAUAACACCCUGUGUAUUGAUCCAACAACAACCCUUACCAUGAUCACAGACACUACGGAGAAGAAUUUGCCAGUUCUAGCUGGUGUCCUCUCAGCACUGGUAAUUCUGUUAAUGGUCGGGGUGGCAGUCGUCUGUAGUCAAAGGAAAAAGCAAAACAACAAACCUAAAGAAGAAGAUGACCAAGAAUUGACCUAUGCUGAUGUCAACAUCGUGCAGCGGCCGGGGAGGCAGAUGCAUCAGAAGGCAGAGAUGGAGGUGGAGUACGGCCAAGUCAAGUUUUCAGGGCGACCUCGGAAAACUGUUCAACCAAAAGAAGAUGAAUGUGUGUACGCUAAGUACAAGAAAGACGGAGGAGAUGAGAAAGUCACGACAACAUAAAGAUCACAGGAGGAAGAUGGUGUCUGGGUUCCUUUCUUGUUGAUCUCUAACAGAAGACAUUUCAGGCUGUUCAGUGUAGGAUGUUCCAGAGAGGACUUGACAGAUGCUCAGCUCCUCUCUGGAUAUAAA